ACACGUCGCUUCGUACGCAACAACACCGACUUCUCUCAAAUUGUCCAUCCAAACAAAAAUUCAAUCGAACCCUUUCUCUCUUCUCUCAUCUCUCAUUUCUCAAAUCCACCCCCAAGUAUCUUCAAUCAAAAGCCCUAGAAUUUCGAUCACCAUCAAAUUCCAACGAUGCCGAAGAAGAUGGGAGUAAACAGCAAAGCAGAGGAUGCAAGAGCUCGAAAAGCCGCAGCAGAAUCCGAGAAGAAAUUCCGAGAAGUGAAGCAAAAAGAAGACCAAUACUGGCAAGAAGCCGAAGGUUCCAAAUCAAAAGCUGCCAAAAAACGUGAAGAAGAAGAGCAGAAACGCGCCGAAACCGCCGCAAAAAAAGCUGAGGUGCGCCGACUAGCCGAAUUGGAGGAGAAAGAAAUUGAGAAGUCCUUAAACAAGCCUGACAAGAAGGCGAAUCGAAUUGCGGUUCCUGGAGUAUCGAAGGUUACGGAGGCGGAGCUUCGACGGAGGAAAGAGAAAGAGGAGGAGGAAAUGCGGCGAAAGGCGGAGGAAGCAAAGAAGAAGCAGAGUAGAAUGGCGGAGGAAGAAGAGUAUGAGAAGAUUGUAUUGGUUGAAAAUAGAAAUAGAGAUGAUGAGUUGAUUGAAGCUCAUUCUGUUGAGGAAGCUCUUGCUCAGAUUACUGUUGCUGAGACUUUGCCUGUUGAUAAGCAUCCAGAAAAGAGGCUUAAAGCUUCUUUUAAGGCUUUUGAAGAAGCUGAACUACCAAGGCUGAAGGCAGAGAAACCAGGCCUUACCCACACCCAAUAUAAGGAAAUGAUAUGGAAACUAUGGAAGAAAUCUCCUGACAACCCUCUCAAUAAAGGCAGUGAAGAUAUGAAGGAUAUCUAAAAGAGGAAGAACAAUUCCAAAAAAAACAAGCCCAUGAUAUAAUCCAUUAUGCUUCUAGACUAGAAAAAAAAGCUCAAGUUGACAAAGAGGAAAAGGAGUUUCUAGCUCGUAUCACUAAAGUUGCUGAAUGAUAAAUCUCUGUGACCUCAAAUUGGACGGGCUUACCAAGAACACUUCCAAUAAUUGCGGCAUACAUUCUGUAUAUGAGUGAUCUCUACCUAGGGCUACUAUUUGAAAAGCUAAUCAACUCAUUCAAGGGGUCUUCAACCAUAUGUGCGCCUGAAAUAAUAAUGCUUCCUGCAUGUUAGACAACACCUCAUUUUCUUAGUAGUUGCACUUGCACUGUUGCACAGUUUGUUAUAUAAUGGAAGUGUUGACAUAUCUAUCUAGCAACUACUAUCUUAUGUAACUUCAUUUAAUUAGGUUAUAAUGUGGAGGUUGAAUGUUAUUGCA